CGCUCAAUGGACCGAUUUCCCCGGUUUCCCUGAACCCAGCCUAGCCCGGGAUGAGAAAUUGCAAAAUGGCCCGAGUCGCCAGGGUGCUAGGGCUGGUCAUGCUCAGCGUGGCCCUGCUGAUUUUAUCGCUUAUCAGCUACGUGUCUCUGAAAAAGGAGAACAUCUUCACCACUCCCAAGUACGCCAGCCCGGGGGCGCCCCGAAUGUACAUGUUCCACGCGGGAUUCCGGUCACAGUUUGCGCUGAAGUUUCUAGACCCGUCAUUUGUGCCCAUUACGAAUUCUCUCACCCAUGAACUACAAGAGAAACCUUCUAAAUGGACAUUUAAUCGGACAGCGUUUUUACAUCAAAGGCAAGAAAUUCUUCAGCAUGUCGAUGUAAUAACAAAUUUUUCUUUGACCAAGAGUAGUGUUCGGAUUGGACAACUGAUGCAUUACGAUUACUCCAGCCAUAAAUAUGUCUUCUCUAUUAGCAAUAACUUCCGGUCCCUGCUCCCAGAUGUGUCACCCAUUAUGAAUAAGCGUUAUAAUAUUUGUGCUGUGGUUGGAAACAGUGGAAUCUUGACAGGGAGUCAGUGUGGACAAGAAAUAGAUAAAUCAGAUUUUGUUUUUCGAUGCAAUUUUGCCCCGACAGAGGCUUUCCACAAAGAUGUUGGAAGGAAAACCAACCUCACAACCUUCAAUCCAAGCAUCUUGGAAAAAUAUUACAACAAUCUUUUAACCAUUCAGGACCGUAACAACUUCUUCCUCAGUUUAAAAAAGCUUGACGGGGCCAUCCUUUGGAUCCCUGCAUUUUUCUUCCACACUUCCGCAACCGUAACAAGAACGUUAGUGGAUUUUUUUGUUGAGCACAGAGGUCAGCUAAAGGUCCAGUUGGCUUGGCCUGGAAAUAUCAUGCAACAUGUCAACAGGUACUGGAAAAACAAACACUUGUCACCCAAACGACUGAGCACAGGUAUCCUUAUGUACACCCUCGCAUCUGCAAUAUGCGAAGAGAUCCACUUGUACGGUUUCUGGCCUUUUGGAUUUGACCCCAACACCAGGGAGGAUCUGCCCUACCACUACUAUGACAAAAAAGGAACCAAAUUUACCACCAAGUGGCAGGAGUCUCACCAGCUGCCUGCUGAGUUUCAGCUGCUCUAUCGAAUGCAUGGGGACGGGCUCACGAAGCUCACUCUGUCACACUGUGCCUAAGAACUCCACAUGGAAAGUGCCAAAAGGCUGUUUAAAAAGUGCCCCCAAACCAAAUUGAAUAGUCUCCAGAACAGAACCCAUAGACAAUCUGGCUAAGCCUGUCUGCCACUUACAAGGAAAGACGUCUUCUCUUCCUCUUUUGCACUGCUCUUUGAAUGAUCUUAACAGACUUAAGACAGGUGCAUUUAAGCUGUGUGAUUUAGACUUGAUCGGGAAAGGUUAUAUUGCAU